AUGUUCGAAGAAAAAUAUGUGUUGUUACACCUCCAAGAGUUUAAGAAUAUCGCUAGACUGUCUUACGUCCGGUUUAAUUGCACUGAAUUGAAAGCAGCUAGCAUUGAAGUUUCCACGGGGAAUAAUCAACGUUAUGUGAAGCUGAGCAGAUUUUGUAUCACGGCAAAAGAAAGGUCAUUCUACACGUUCAAAGUCAAAGCUACUAACGAUGCCCAUAUCGCUUUAAUGAGUGCAGACGACGACACCAAGCCCUUAUAUGAAAUAGUUCUUGGAGGAUGGGGCAAUAGCAAGUCCUGUUUGAGAACAAGAAAACAAUCUUCUUGUAAAUCCACACAUCAAGGAGGCGUUGUAAGUGGAACAACCUACAAGUCAUUUUGGGUAUCUUGGAUCAACAGCAGGAUUACUGUUGGUUUAGAGGAUAUCGUGGAUCAGAAUGCAGUGAUGGAAUACUACCAUGCUACUCCAUACUCUGUGAACUUCUUCGCUGUGAUGACAGGCUGGGGAUCAACGGGACAUUGGAUUUUCAAAAAUGAUGUCAGCUGCAAUCUUGAGACCUACAACAAUACCGGCAUUGUUGAAAACAACACAGAAUGUCAUGGUACAACAAAGUACGAAUGUGAUGUUGGAUACUAUCUCCACACAGGCAAUCUACAGCGCACCUGCUCCCUCAACAAGAAGUGGUUAGAGGAACCACCUAUUUGUAAACGUUGUAUGUGUCCUUGUUCACUGACAGGUCAGCAAACUAUCAACUCAACAAGAGAAUUAGAAGAAAAAAUAACACAGAUUAAAAAGGAACUAAAAGUCAAUAAAAAAUCUACGAACGCUUUUCUUCGAAAGAAAAUUAGUGCUCCGGAUUUCCGACCAUCGUCAGUUCGCAUAGGGUAUAUCUGCGGCUAUGGCAUUCUAAUUUCUGUGGUUUCAGUCAUACUGAUUUCAGAUGUACCCAGAUUGUAUAGACAUAUUUGGUUUGGUAUAGACUGAAAGUUAUUUACGAGAUAUUUUUCAGCAAAAUAUUUGUCUUUUGUGAUUGACUUUUCAUCCUUACAGCUACUGUAUAGAGGAUUAUUUCCGCCCCGUGUUAUUUUUGCCUUUCUACACGUACAGACGAUUUUACCAUGGUAUACAACAAGGACGAAAAUAAAACAGGUCGAAUAUUUUCCUGUAUACAGUAUCCAGCUACUACGCAUUACAGUAAUAUAAUUCGUGCUAAAAUUAGACAUGCAGUUUUCACUGUAUGAGAAGAGCGUGUAAGUUACAGUGAAUAUGAAAAUUUGUAAAUACAUCAUCUUGGACGAAUUUGGCUCCACUUUUUUGGCACGCUGUUUUUGGCUAUAUUUAGCUCUAAAACUUCAUAGUUAUUUCGGAUUUCAAAGAUUUCGGUUGAGCAUCACUGAAGAGACAUUAUUUUUCGAAAUGCGCAUCUGGUGCAUCAAAAUUGGUACCGUAUAAGUUUUACAUCAUCAUGUAUAUACAUGUACUAGCUAAAACAUUGGACUUCUGUUUCACGUUUAAUUUUGGUUGUUAUUUGCUGUUUUUGAGGUUGAUUGGUUGUGUAUUGUUUAACCUCCCUCUCGAGAAUCUUUUACUCAUAUGGAAAAUUUAGACUCGGUACUUACGGCCUUUGAGCAGGUAGUGAUCUUUAUCGUGACAGACCUGCUGUGACACGGGACCUCGAUCAGUGUAUGUGUCACAUACAAAUGCAUGCCAACUUAUUUAUAUUGUGUAGUAUGGAUUGUCAUAUAAAAUUGUUUAGAUCUUUUUUUAUAUAUUUGUUUAUUAGCAUAAAAUAUUCAUUUAUAUUAUAACAUGAAUGUAAAACACUAUAUGUUUUAUAUGCAAAAUACCCUUCUUUUUGUUAUACUCAAAGCCACUAUCUAGAGGGUCCAGUCCUCUGAGAGAGCUGCCUAAUGAGUUAAAUAUGAGCUUUAAUGAUGUGAUGUGGACUCAUUAUGACAGCGCGGCGUAUGUACUUGUAUAUUUCGCUGUAAACAUUGCAUAUAAUAACUAUUUAUAGUAUUAUUCACUGAAUGAAAAGUUGAAGAUAACGAACAGUGAACAAUCUCUUAACUCCUAUAGGGGCCUCCAUGGCCGAGUGGUUAGAGCAUUGCGCUCAAAAUCACACGGCCUCUCACCUCUGUCGGCGCGGGUUCGAAUCCCGCUCGCGCCGGCAAGUGGGAAAGUUUCCCAGUUUACUUUCGGAAGGUCGGUGGUCUCUUCCCAGGUACAUUGUACCUGGAUUCUCUCUUCCACCAAUAAAAACUGGGCGCCACCAUAUAACUGAAAAAUUGUUGAGUGUGGCAGAAAACAUCAAAAACAAACAAACUGAACUCUUAUAAGGAAUACAAAAUUAAGAGUUGGGCAAAACACGGACCCCUGAACAUACCAGAAGUGGAAUCAGGUGCCUAGGAGAGUAAGCAUACCCGUCGACCAGUCACACCCGCCGUGAGCCUUAUAUCUUAAUCAGGUAAACGGAGUAAUCCGUAGUCAAAUUCAGUGUAUAUAAACGAACGACCUAACCAUAGAUAUGAAACAUGCCAUAGAGCAUUUGCCCCAAUGACAGGUUGUGUUUGCGAAAUGCUGACUUUAAAUGAGACUGUUGAAACCCCUGUAACAUCAACUUAUUUGCCAGUAGCCGGUCUCGAUUUAACAAAAAUCAUACGCGGAACAAGCUCACGUUCUUUCGUAUUUGUUUCAAAUCAUUGCAGUAUAAUUUGAAAUAAUGACACUGUUACAGUGACGAUUCAGUCGCAAACACAAUUCAAUACAUAUGAAAUUAUUCGAUGUAUUUUAUUAAAUUUAUUAUUCUCAUCAUAAUGUAUGUUUUUGUAUCACGUGGGAUGUUUUAACAAGCAUGCAGACAAAUAAAUAGUGUUCUACACCAAUU